CCGGGAUCUAAAGUAAGACGUUGCACUAGACGUUGAAUGUCUCGCACUUGGCUGCAUCGAUGGCAGCUGAAGACAGCAGCUGGAGUGACUCGAAUCUGUGGGAGACUAUUUUCUGCGAAUGGUGAUAGAUAUGAUUUGGUUGUGAUUGGAGGAGGAUCUGGAGGGCUUGCUUGUGCCAAAGAAGCUGCAGGGCUUGGUGCUCAAGUGGCAGUGCUGGACUAUGUAGUUCCAUCAGUUCAAGGCUCAUCGUGGGGUCUGGGUGGUACUUGUGUCAAUGUUGGUUGCAUACCCAAGAAACUAAUGCAUCAUGCAGCUCUCUUGGGUGAAGGAAUACGGGAUAGUAGGAGUUAUGGAUGGAAAGUAGAAGAGGAAAGACCAGAACUUGUUUGGUCACAGCUGUUGUCAACUGUACAAGGUCAUAUCAAAUCACUAAAUUGGGGUCACAGAGUUCAACUAAAAGACAAGAAUGUGACGUAUUUGAAUGCCAAAGGCAAACUGCUCGAUCGUCACACAAUCUCUGCAUUAAACAUGAAAGGAGAAGUGACGGAAGUGAAGGCAUCCAACAUAGUGCUGGCAACCGGUACAAGACCCAAGAUACCAGACAUACCCGGUGCCGCUGAACAUUGCAUUACAAGCGACGAUUUGUUUAUGUUGAGGAAGCCACCUGGCAAAACGCUAGUGGUCGGAGCCAGCUAUGUUGGUUUAGAGUGUGCCGGCUUCCUCACAGGGUUAGGGUUUGAUACUUCUUUAUUGAUUCGGAGUAUUCCUCUCAGAGGGUUCGAUCAGGAUAUGGCUCGUUUGAUAGUAAGAAAUAUGGAGAGACACGGCACCGUAGUUCACCACAACAGCAUUCCAGUGAAAGUAGAACGACUCGAUGAUGGGAGACUUGAUGUUGUUUGGCAACACACCAAUCAGAAUGAAGGCGGACUGGAGAGAGGCGUGUUUCAAGAUGUGUUUGACACUGUGCUUGUGGCCACAGGCAGAGGUCCUGAUUCUAAAGCGUUGGGUCUUGAUGCUGUAAGUGUUGAGACUGAUGUGGAAUCUGGAAAGGUAAUCGUAGAUGAAAGAGACGAAACGACGGUACCUCACAUCUUUUGCAUUGGAGACGCAGCUGAUGGUCGACCAGAGCUGACACCAGUGGCUAUAAAAGCAGGCAAGCUGUUGUCUCGAAGGCUGUUUGGAAAUUCUACACACAACAUGGACUAUAAUAAUAUUCCUACAACUGUCUUCACUCCCAUGGAAUAUGGUUGUGUUGGUUUAUCUACCGAAAAAGCAAUAAACCAAUUUGGCAGCGAAAACAUAGAAACUUAUCAUGCCUUUUAUCACCCACUUGAACUCACUAUUCCUCCCGAAAGGGAAAACCAAUUAGAAGACCACUACAUCAAGACUGUAUGUGUUCGAGAGGGAAACGAUGAUCGAGUUGUUGGCAUUCACUUCCUUGGUCCUAAUGCAGGAGAAGUCAUUCAAGGAUUUGCAGUGGCCAUGAGAGCACCCGGCGGUCUGCCAAUGAGCCAAAUUACGUCUACCAUAGGAAUACACCCGACUAACGCGGAAGAAGUUGUUAAACUGUACAUUACCAAGAGCUCUGGCCGAGAUCCUGUUGUGACUGGCUGCUGAGGCUAGCAUCCCCACCACGGGGUGACCCGGUGUGUCAACACACCGC